CCUGAAGUGUCAACGAGCAAAUCAGCCUGGACACAAAGUGAGAGCGAAGUCCCGCUGUGACCGUGGAGACUUUGAAAAAUGACCGUUUUCACCUCAUAAUGCGGGUUUAGCGACUUCAACAAAACACGCCAUGCGUUUGUGACGACGCGUCCCUCCUGCAGGAAUCGUUGCAGUGUGAACGUUUAUCCCGAUUAGAGUCGUGCGUAAAAGUUUUCUCCACCAUGCGCAGCUUCUCGGAGCCGCGCGUGCCCGCGGGCGAAGUGGCGGCGCACACGUUCCCGGCAAUCAGAGCCGGAGAUGCGGCUCUGAUUGCCGGGUCCGUCCUGAGCGGAGCUCCGCUGUUCCCCGCCGUGGCUUUCCCCCCGCGUGCGGAUCCCGUGAUUCGGACGUCUCCGCCGGGGCACUCUGCGAUUCUGUGUCGGCCUCCCGACAUUCUCGAGGGAGCGGAGAUGGAAGAGGAUCAGUGCAAGGUUUAUUUGGAGGCCAGCGACCUUUGGAGACAGUUCCACAAGUGUGGCACCGAGAUGAUCAUCACCAAAUCUGGCAGACGCAUGUUUCCGCCGUUGAAAGCCAGUUGCGUGGGCAUGGACAGGAAAGCCAAGUACAUUCUGCUCAUGGACGUCGUGGCGGCCGACGACUGCAGGUACAAGUUCCAUAACUCGCGCUGGAUGGUGGCGGGGAAGGCCGACCCGGAGAUGCCCAAACGCAUGUACAUCCACCCGGACAGUCCGGCCACGGGCGAGCAGUGGAUGUCCAAGGUGGUGAACUUCAACAAACUCAAGCUGACCAACAACAUCUCUGACAAACACGGAUUUACAAUUCUUAACUCCAUGCACAAAUACCAGCCCAGAUUCCACAUAGUGAAGGUCAAUGACGUCCUCAAACUGCCGUACAGCACAUUCAGGACGUACGUCUUCUCCGAGACGGAGUUUAUCGCCGUCACGGCUUAUCAGAAUGACAAGAUCACGCAGCUGAAAAUAGACAACAACCCUUUUGCUAAAGGAUUCCGAGACAUGGGGAACGGAAGACGGGAGAAGAGGAAACUACAACAUCUGUCAUCCAAAUCUAAGGAGAUGAGGUUGACUGACGUGAAACUUGAGGCUGAUUCAUCUCAACAAAAGUGUCCAGAUGUCCCCGACAGUGACAGCGAGAAGAACGACGCUGCGCUGGACGAUUCUGAAGAAGCAGAGCGUCAAACCAACCCCGCGUCGCGUCUUUCCUCAACACACGGGACGGUUCAGAGGAGUCCAGACAGGACACAGACAGAAACUGAGCCGGGACAAAUCCACGUCCUCAGUCCAUUCUCUGACGGACCUCAGGACUCAGAGCGGAGACAAAAGUGCAGGUCACUCAGAGUCGGCGUCGCACGCGGUUGCGUUUAUCCGGCGGAAUCGGACAAACACCCGUUGGAUGCGAGUCUUUUCCGCACCUGGAGCAGCCGCGUCGCCACAGACAGAGCGCCACCGUGUGGACUGAUGAGUGCCUGCAGAACUCCAGCAGCUCCAGUGUUUCCACUCAGCCUUCGGCAGCACGCACUGGUGCAGGACGUGGUGAACCUCUCGCACUUUGGAGGUCUCCUCUUUUAUCCCUACACCAGCCUCUCUCUUCGCUCCAAACUGGAUUUCAGAGCUUUCCCUAGUGUCCACAGUCAGGACUUCUUCUCCUCCUCUCCUGUCUCCAUAUCUUCGUCCGUUCCUCGCCUGGGAGGAAGUGGAUUGAAACAUCUCGUCCCCGAUUUGCUGGUGCGACCCGCGGCGGAGCAGAGGAACGAAGCAGAACUUCAGGACGAGCUGAAGUUCUGACGCGAGUGGACUUUAAAGUGUCGUCGUCCCUGCAUGUGCUCUUCACCCACUCCCACCAGGAAAACAAACAAACAAACAAACAAACAAAAAAAGUGUUUCAGAAUGAAAAUGUUUGUCUUGCAAAAUCAGUAAAAGCUGCAUCUUCCUGAA